GGGACGGUGCACCUGCACUCCGAGCUUUCUGGAUUGAAUCUGCACGAAAAUUAGGGCGUGUAAUGAGUUGAUUUUCAGGCGAAAAGAGACGGCGGAAAGGUUCAAUACAAAGAAGAAUAGUUUCUCAAUUCCGUCAUUUUUUGUCGUAGUAUUAUUAUCUCGUCCUUUGGCGCGCUUGAGCCGCUCAUUCAAAGGGUUUAAGCAGGUUACCCAGUUCAGUACAUGAAUACAAAUCUCUGCGCUAAAUAUAUGUAAUGAACGAAAAUGUACGGUGCAUAAUGUCAGUCUUUCAGUCUUUCAUCUUUCAAAGACCUGCAGAUUUAGUAAAAUUAGCGCAUUUCAGUUAAUUUUGGAGAAGACGCUUUUCUUCUCUUUUGCUGGCCACCUAUGGCGCUGUCCCUUCGCCAGGGACGUUUCUGUGCACCAAAAUUUGAUAGGAAUUUAGUCUGCCAAAUGUUGCAGUGGAAAUGCAAAUACGAGUCCAAGAAGUUUGCAAGGGACAAAUUUAGUGGAGGAGAUUUAGGGUAUUUUUUGAGCAGAGCACUAACGACGAUAAACUUAGAGAAGGCUAUAGUGAAGCCUAGGGUUUCAACAGCUCAGUCGGUUGCCGUGCUUGAAAGUAAGGAUGUUAAAAGGGAAAUGGGAAGUUGCGGUUUAAAUGAAGAGCAGGCGAGCGUGGUGGAAACGAAUGACAAGUAUGUGAGGGUUGUGGCGGGCCCCGGUUCUGGUAAAACAAGAGUGUUGACUCAUCGCAUUGCUUAUAUGGUUACAUGCUGCAAUGUGUCGCCAUCCAGCGUACUGUGCAUAACAUUCACAAACAAGGCAGCUCGAGAGCUUUUUGAGAGGCUGAACAACUUGCUAGACAAAAAUGUUUCACGCAAGCUUACGGUAGGGACAAUACAUAGUUUAUGUGCAAAGAUUUUGAGGUCUGAACAAGUUUCUGAUUAUCACAUAGAUAAUGACUACAUAAUCUGUGAUGAGAAUGACUCAGAAAAGGUUGUGAAAAGGAUUCUUCGAGAGGUGGUGGGUUGUUUGGAUGCAAACAAGGCAUCCAAUGGAAACAAACCUUUGAAUGCAGAUGCAAAUUUGGAAGGGAUAUCUGGUCAAAAUAUGGAUGAAAUAGUUAUGCAAAGCUCUGAGAGUGAACUUUGGAAGGAUUUGGCUCGAUGCAAGUUUUUCACAAGAAAUGCAUCUGAGAGAUUAGAAUUAUUGCAGUUCCUGGAAAGGUAUGAUACAGGGAAGUCUGAGAAAAGGAAGUCAGUUCCUGCAGGUGCUGUCAAAGGGCUGCUACACAUUAUAAGCAAGGCUAGACUGUACAACAUGCAAACGUUUUUAGCAAGAAAACAUCAAAGAAGCGUACCUGAUCUCCCUUAUGGACUUUAUGGGUUUGGUUUGAAGAUGGCUGAAAUUUAUGAGCUUGAACUUAGGAGAUCCAAUGCUGUAGACUUUGAUGACCUGUUGUACAUUGCAGCUCGCCUGUUGCACAAUAAUAAACACAUACGAAAGGAAUAUCGAAUAAAAUGGAGACAUAUACUUGUGGAUGAGUUCCAAGAUAUUGAUGAAAUACAGUAUGAGCUGAUUAAUCUUUUGUCAGUUGGAAACCAAAGCCUUUUUGUUGUUGGUGAUAUAGAUCAGGCUAUAUAUGCAUGGCGUGGAGCAAAUGCGGCUCAUAUGCAGUAUACACUAGAACGAGACUUUCCUAACAUCACCACUUUCAAGCUUAUGAGGAAUUAUCGUUCGUCAAGGAACAUUUUAAAGGUUGCUUCUGUGAUGUUGAAAAAUAUUUCCUAUAACCGGCAAGUUGGAUCCACAAAGGCACUAAAUCUUCUCCCAGUGAAACCAGCAGGGGAACCUAUUUGUGUUGAGGAGUUUUCCAAUGCUGUUGAAGAAGCAGAUUUUGUUGCAGUUCAGAUAAAUAAACUUGUCCAUAAAAAAUUAGCCAAACUAAGCAGCUGUGUGAUAUUAUAUCGUACCCAUGCUCAGUCAUUUUUGUUUCAAUCCUCUCUUACAAGCAAGCAAAUUCCUCAUGCAGUUAUUGGGUCUGUACCAUUCUACUCUCACAAGGAGGUACGUUAUAUCCUUGCAUAUCUACGUUUCAUAGGGAAUUGUGAAGAUCAGAUGGCCUUAGAGAGUAUUAUUAAUGUGCCUACAAGAGGCAUUGGAGAACAGACAUUGGCUGCACUCAAGCGUUGGGCAUCUGAUAGAAAUUUGACACUUUCAAGUGCUUUGAAAUUUAUUCGUACUGAUGGUAUCAACCGUAAGGAGUUGAAAAUUAGAACUAAUGCAAGAACUGCAUUGCUGCAAUUCUGGGAACUGAUUGAAGGGUUUCAGAACCUAAUUCAUACUGAGACAAUCGGAACGAUUAUAGAAGCUAUUAUUGAAAGGACUGAUUUUAAAACCUAUUUAAAGAAUUCAGACAAUAUGAAGGAUGCAUCUAAGAAACAAUUGGACCGACUUUCUAUUUUGCAGACAAUUGGAGAUUCAGCAACCCAAAGGCAUGGAAUUGGGAAGAUGGCCCUUGCAACAUUUCUUCAGGAAAUUUCUCUUGCAUCUGACCAAGAGAACAUAAUGAGUAAUAAAGAUGGCAACUGUGUAAAGCUGAUGACUCUGCAUGCUGCCAAAGGCCUAGAAUUUGACUCGGUGUUCAUCACUGGAUUGCAAGAUGGUUUGCUUCCAUUACAAGAUGCUAAUAUUGAUGAGGAGCGUCGACUUUUCUAUGUAGGAAUAACCAGGGCAAUAAAACAACUGUACAUAACCUUUUCAAGAUCAACGUUUAGACAAGGAAAGACAGUUGAAGCAAAGCCAUCAAAAUUUAUUAUGGAGAUACUGAAGUCACCUGAAUUAACAGAGGUUCAGUAGAAUGUUGUCUGUACAUUUUUUGUUCAUGUUCAUGUAUAUAUAACAAUGUUUAAAAUUUGACUCAACUUUUUGUCCAGAGAAGUCAGUAGUAGUUAUUAAUUCUGAUGACCUUUUGCCCCUUAGAUCUAAGGUCUGCAUUUAGUGCGAAGUUUUAAUCUAUUGUCAGGGUCCAUUGAUUAACUAUUGUAACAUGUAUCUUUUAGUCACGUUGACCUACAUUGGUUAUUGGUGGACAUUGCUAACAUUUAUUUUUAUUGUCCAUAUCAAUUUUUCUUGUAACGAGGCAAUUUUAACAGAAAAAACAAUUUUGUUCA